UGUAGUCCUCUCCUUGGCUGCAGCUAUUGCUCCAACCUGCUCAUGCGGUUCAUCAAGAGGGAUUAUGGUUGCAGUGAACCAAGGGAACAUUUAGUUACAGUAUCAGGAAUAAGAAAAAAGACUCUAGUGAGGAAACAACGUGGGAAACAAUUCUGCAACAUUUAAUACCUCCCUUUAACCUAGAAACAUUAACUUCCUUGAUCUCUGCAUAUUUUAGAGUUAGAAGUUGUGAAAUAGGUUGUUGUUUUUUUUUUUUGCAAUAGUUUUGAAUGAUCAUCAGCUACUUGCAGAGAUGAACUUAGUUCUUGGUUAAUGGGUGAGCAGAGUUUUCAUCUCUGGUUUGCGAGGAAGAAAGACCUGCACCUGAAGACUAUUUAAAAUCUGGGGCUGGGAAACAUAUUAGGAAGCUCUUAAGAGGCUUUGGGUCUCCUCCUUCUGCCUUCUUUGAGAAGAUUUAUCAAUGGCACUGAAACUGUUGCUCCACUCCAAGAUAAAGUCUGGGGAAUGCAUCAAAGUGAAAGGCAAAGUGUCACCUGAAGCCACAAGCUUUUCCAUCAAUCUGGGCUGGGAUGAGACCAACCUGAUCCUUCACUUCAACCCUCGAUUUGACCUCCAUGGAGACACCAGGACCAUUGUGUGUAACUCCAGGAGGGAAGGAGAGUGGGGUGAGGAACUGCGGGUGUCAGAGUUCCCCUUCCAGCAGGGAGAGGAAACCAAGAUCUGUGUUUCCUUUGAUGCUGAAGAAGUUAUUGUAAAGCUGCCUGAAGGGCAGGAACUUAAAUUCCCAAACCGGCUGGGGCUGGAGACUGCGGAGUACUUUUCUGUUGUUGGAGACCUUGAUAUUAAAUCUAUCAAAUUUGACUGAC